AUGAUGGACGUCGUCGAUCAGAAACCCCCUACGCUACCACCCUCUCCAGAUAGUGACGAUGAUACACCACUCGCCAUUAAGCUAACGGUCCAAAACGGCAACACCACCAACAACGUGACCCAUUCGCCCUGGAAGCGCAAGCAGUUGGUUGACGUUAAUCCGCACGGUAGUCUGGAUUUGAGCAAGUUGUCCAUGCGGCGGAACUCGAGCUAUGGCAAACUGCCGUCGGAAGCACCCGAAGCGAAAGUGCUCGUCAUCUACACCGGCGGUACGAUCGGCAUGAUGCGCAAUGAGAAAAAUGCGCUGGAACCGCGACCGUACGAGUUUGUGCGCAAAAUACGCCAAUACCCAAACAUGCACGACGACGGGUACGCAAGCAAGCGGUAUGGACCGGCGAAAAAUAUGGCACCAUUGGUGCUGCCGUACGUGGAAGGCCAACAUCGACGGAUUCUGUAUCAAAUUUCUGAGUACGAACCACUACUCGAUUCGUCCAACAUGAGCAUCACCGACUGGGUGCGCAUUGCUACGGACAUUCGGCAGUCGUACGAGUUUUUCGAUGGGUUUGUAAUUCUGCAUGGAACGGACACGCUGUCCUAUACCGCCUCAGCGCUUUCGUUUAUGUUUGAGAAUCUUGGAAAAACUAUCAUUAUCACUGGAUCACAGAUUCCAAUCUUUGAAACACGCACCGACGGUAAGGACAACUUUACGUCCGCACUAAUCCUGGCCGGAAAUUACGUUCUUCCGGAGGUGUGCAUAUUCUUCAACAGCCGUCUGUUCCGCGGCAAUCGUACCAUCAAGGUGAGCAGUGAGUCGUUGGACGCGUUCAACUCACCCAAUGCGGCUCCGCUCGCAAAGAUGGGCAUCAACGUGGAGGUCGAUUAUCGGGUAAUCUUCCGACCGUGCACGGUGGACAAGUUCACCGUACAUCUGCAGAUGGAUGAGAACGUGGGACUGCUACGGCUGUUCCCGAGCAUCUCCGUAGCGACGGUCAACGCAUUCCUACGUGCACCGAUGCGGGGCGUCGUGCUGCAGACGUAUGGUGCUGGUAACUUUCCGACCAACCGAGCGGAUCUGAUCGCGGCACUGAAGGAAGCGAAUGAGCGCCAGGUGCUGAUUGUGAAUUGUACACAGUGCAACGAGGGUGCGGUUUGCGAUCUGUACGAAACAGGUCGUCAGCUGCAGGAUGUCGGCAUUAUACCGGGCUACGAUAUGACACCGGAAGCCGCUCUGGCAAAGCUGUCGUACGUGCUCAGCAAGCAGGAGUGGGAUUGGGAAACAAAGAAAAAGAUGAUGAAAAGCAACCUGCGUGGAGAGCUUACCUGUGAAAAGCCUCCAGAAAUGCAAGAAUACGAUCUAAUAGAUGCUGUCGCACGAACCCUCCAUCUUACGUCCACGAAGGAAUUAGGGCAGUUAAAGUCAUCCCUGUUUCCAGCGAUGGUUAACACGGCUGUGUUGGCCGGAGAUGCGACAAAGUUGACGAACCUGAAAAACUAUGGUGCGAACAUGUCGGCGGAAAACUAUGAUCACCGGACAGCGCUACACGUGGCCUGUUGCGAAGGAAACACCGAGAUGGUGCAGUAUCUGCUGCAGAAUGGUGCCGCCGUACAUAUACGCGACCGAUACGAUCGUACACCGCUGAUGGAUGCCAUCAUGCACGAUCACCAUCAGGCGAUACGGUUGCUGAUCAAGUGCGGUGCCCAUCUGACCGGUUCGAUACGUGCCAUCGGUGAUGGGUUGUGUGCAGCUGCGGCACGCAACCAGCAGCUGCGGCUUGAAUCGUAUCGCAUUGCGGGUGCCGAUCUCUCGCAGGAGGACUCGUGCGGACGUACCGCACUGCAUGUGGCCGCACUGUACGGACACGUGGAGAUCGUGCAAUAUCUGCUGAAGAACUAUGCAGAACCGAAUGCGAUCGAUUAUCUUGGCCUGACGCCAUUGGACUACGCAAUGAGAGCGAACGCAGAGACGGUAAUACCGGUGCUGGAGAGUCACGAGGCGCGUCGUGGAGAUGAACUAUCGUUCGACACGGAUAAGCGAUCCUCGAUGAAGGAUUCGUUCGACUAA